CUAUAGAUAAAAUGAUUUGGGGUGGGCGGCCUCCGAAAGGGGCCCGUGGCCGAUACCUGGCAUGUACUGGUGCUUUAAGGGUGUCCCAAGGGGCAAAUGGAUUUGAGGGGGGGACGAGAGGGAAAAGGAGGGUUAGAAAGUGGGCAACCCACAAGGUUUAAGACCUGGAGUGGUGAGCUGGUUGAUGGCGUUCCCAAUGGCGUCGGAACGGCAACCUUUCCUAAUGGGGACGUGUAUGUCGGUCCAUAUGUAAAUGGGAAAAGAACUGGAAAAGGAAAGUACACCUUUGCAAAUGGAGCCGUAUAUGAGGGAGAUUACAUGGACAACGUCAAACACGGAACAGGCACCAUGACUUACCCUGACAAGGGAAAAUACGAAGGGGCUUGGUCCCAGGAUAAGCGCCAUGGAGAAGGCACCUACUUCUACCCAAACGGCGACAUCUAUCAGGGUGGAUGGGCAGGCGACAAAAAGCAUGGAAAGGGUGUGUACUUCUUCAAGGAGAGCAUGAGCCAGUUCUGUGGCACAUGGCAUGCCGGAGACUUCCGGUCCGGAGAGUGGGUCUUCCGCGACGGCAGUGGAUACGAAGGUCGCUUCCACAAAAACAAGCCAUACGGUCGAGGAACCUAUCGUUUCACAUCCACAGGCAAUGUGCUGGAUGGUGUGUACAAGCCAAAUGGCGAAUGGAAAACGGGGAAUCUUACCAGCCGCUAGCGAAUACAUUGGGAAAAGCAGUUUUGGCGAUCGUGAUGAUGAUGAUGAUGAACGGCUGAGAUGGAUUCUGAGGACCAUACUCUGUGUGUGUGUGUGAGAGAGAGAGAGAGAGAGUGAGAGAGAGAGCACGAAAGCUCACAAGGAAAUACAGAGACAUAACGACAUGCGUGGAGUCAUCGACAGUUGUAAAUCCACAUGCAUGCAAGGGCACGCACACGCGCGCACGAGAGAGAGAGAGAGAGAGAGAGAGAGAGAGAGAGAGAGAGAGAGAGAGAGAGAGAGAGAGAGAGAGAGAGAGAGAGAGAGGACCAAGUAGGGUUAACCCCAGCAUAUAAACCUUCUUGAAAUUCCCAAGC